GUUUUGUGCACUGAUUUGAUGGAGGAAUUCCAGGGUUAGGAGAAAGCAAAAGUCAUGGGAAUCGACAAUGCGGUCGAGAUAGGUUCGAAGGGACGUGAAUCCUGGGAGCCAAUCACUCCAGAAAAGGUAAAUAAGGUCUAUGUUAGACGGCGAUCGGGGGAUGAUCUCAGUUGCCAGAGUUCUCCUGGGGGUGAUGCUGUGAGGAUUGGGGAUUUAAACGAAGAUGUUAGACAGAAGGAAGGGAGCUCUAACGUUGCCGGGGUCAACUUAUUAGAAGUUAAUCAUAUUGGGGAUGCUCGCGACUUUGUUUGUUUCGAUACUAAUUGUUGCGCAGAUUCGUUCGAGCAUUUUGAUCGGCGGCGAGAAGUUCCGGAGGUUGCAGGAGAUAAGGAUGUUCCUUUCGCCAAUAGAGGGGCGGCCGGUUCCACGGAUGGCUCGGGUUGUUUGGGGUCCAAUUUGGCUGCACCAAUGGCUGGUCAGCAACCGGUAGAGUUGCUGAAUUCAGCCCACCGAGGAAGUACUCCAGUUUUCAAUACCAACAUUCCAUUGUCGAACGGUCCGUCUAUUACGUCAACUCCAGUGCAAAUCCACGAGCCCGAGAUUGGCAUAAAUCCGAAUAAGAGGCGACGACAACAGAAGCCGAAAAGGAAGAAGCAUACUCCUAAGGUAAUUCGUGAGGGAAAACCUCGUCGAACUCUGAAACGCAAAAAUUUGGGCUCAACAACUCCAUUACCGAAGAAGAAGAAGCAAGCAAGAGAAAAAAUUGGCAAUGAUUCACGCCCAUCAGUAGGAGACAUUAAUGAAUCACCUGCAUUAAAGGAUGCUAUCACGGAGAAGAAAAUUAGCCAAGUGAAAUCAUGCAGGAGGCAUUUGGAUUUUGGUGCAAAUCAUACUGAAAAUGGAAAAGUUACAGAUCAGUACUGUGGAAAUGAUUUAUUAGCAGGUCUAGUUCAGUCGACACGGGACAGCUAUAUUGCUGAUCAAACAAGUAGUCAAGUGCACCUUGGAAAUGGUCUGGUGCAGUCGAAACGAGAGAGCUAUAUUGCUGAUCAGACAAGUAGUCCAGUCCUUCCAUCGCGCAAGCCGGUCAAUAGGAAAAGCCAGAUUCUCAAUAGAAUCAGAAGAAUUGGAAAGAAUUUUCCCAAGAAAUUCAAGAAGAAGAGGACAAGAAGGAAGAAAAGGACAUCGAUGGAGAAGAUGACGUAUAUGUUAUUUGUUUUAUGUCCAAGAGAUUUCUAUGUUUCAUAUCCAAGACAUUUGAAAAAGAAAAGAACGAUGAAGCGGAUGAGGCAGAAGGCAAAUCAUAUCGAAUCUACUGUCGAAACGCAAAAGCUUGAAAUUCCUGUUAGUCAUCAUGCACUUGUUGACGCUAAUGCAAUUGGUUUCGAGUUUGAAGCAGGGCAUUUUGCUAAUAUCUAUCAACAGACAUCGGAUGGCACGGGAAAGGGGAACAAGAAACGUAAAGGUAGGGCAAAGGGGCAAGAGAAGAGUAAAGGUCCUAAGCUGAAAUUGCAGCAGGAACUUAAGCGCAUCAUUCAGAAGAUUAUGGAGUUGAAAAUUGGUGAUGAUGUUGAAAACCAGGAGGACGAGAGGCAAGAUCAAAACACUCCCCAGCCACAGGUCGCAGAGGGCAUAUUAGUACUCUACAAAGCGAAGACCGAGAAGAAAACGAAGAAGAAACCACCGAGUGCGCAGGGCGUAUUAGUACCCUACGAAGUGAAAAAGAAACGGCCUAGAGUCGAACUCGAUGCAGUGACAAUUCAAAGGUGGAAGCAAUCAAUGUUGUUAGAUGGUGGUGCCAGGGACGAGGCGGACAAAGACAGUAGAAAGUGGGAACGGGAAAGAGGCCUCUUCCGAGGCCGGGUCGAGUCAUUCCUUGCCCUCAUGCAUCUGAUUUUAGGGGAUAGACAUUUCACAUUCUGGAAAGGCUCUGUUGUGGACUCAAUUAUUGGAGUUUAUCUGACUCAGAAUGUGUCCGACUAUCUUUCGAGCAACGCAUUCAUGUCAUUGGCUUCAAAGUUUCCCCUCUACCCAGUCAAUGCUGAACAAAAUGGGGAGAUUGCUGACAAGAUUCAGGAAUUCCAUAACAUCUUGGAACAAAUCUUAGAAAAAAUUGUCGGAAAAGAAGAAACAGUGAAGAUUAAGGAAUCCCAUAACAUCUUCGAACAAAUCUUGGAACAAUUCGUGGGAAAAGAAGAAAUAGUGCGAUCCCAAGGUGAUCUCAAACAUGAGAAAGGGCAUGCCGGAAGACCAGCAUCUCCUUCAGCAGAAAAGAAAAAUGAAGUCACUAAAAGAGAAAAGAAAAGGAAAGGAAAAGUCGAGGAGAAGAAAACUGACCCCUUGGAGUGGGAGAAACUGAGGAUGUUAUAUUCCACUGCUGGACCAAGAAUUGCUGAUCAUAUGGAUUCCGUGGAUUGGGAUGCAGUUAGGCGUGCAGAGCGUGACGAAGUUGCAGCAACCAUCAAAGAGCGCGGUCAACAUAACAUACUAGCCGAUCGAAUCCAUGAUUUUCUUGAUGACCUGGUUAGGAAACAGGGCAGCAUCGACCUAGAAUGGUUGAGAAAUUGCCCACCUAACAAAGUAAAAGAAUACUUGUUAGAAGUACCUGGAUUGGGAUUGAAAAGUGUGGAGUGUGUACGACUUUUGGCACUUCAGCAUGUAGCCUUUCCGGUUGAUACUAAUGUUGGUCGCAUAGCGGUGCGUCUUGGUUGGGUUCCCCUUGAACCGUUACCUGGAGAUCUUCAAAUUCAUCUGCUUGAAAGCUUCCCAAUAAUGGAUGAAAUUCAGAAGUACCUAUGGCCACGACUGUGCGAACUUGAUCAACGGACCUUGUAUGAGCUACACUAUCAUUUAAUUACAUUUGGAAAGGUUUUCUGUACAAAGACCAAGCCCAAUUGCAACGCAUGUCCAAUGAGGGGAGAGUGCAAGCAUUUUGCAAGUGCAUAUGCCAGUGCGAGACUUUCCCUUCCGGCACCUAAAGCACCUAAAAACGGUGAAAAUACCAUUGUACUUUCCAACGGCAACGGAGAGUCAACUGCUGCCCACAGUGCCAUUCCACUUCCAGAGUCAGGAUAUCAAACCGGAAGUUGCGAGCCCAUUAUUGAAGAGCCGGCAUCGCCUAAGAUUGCAUCUAACGAAUUGUUAGAGAGAGACAUAGAAGAUUUUUAUUGUGAUGAUGGUGAUGAACUUCUGACUAUCAAUCUCAGUUCAGCAAAAUUCUCAACAGACUUGCAAAGCCCCAUAAAUGAUGUUGGCAUGUCUGAAGAAAACUCGAGAGCCCUAGUCGCUUUACACAACUUCAUUCCCAUGCCCAAACUGAAGGAGGUGACUCGCUUAAGGACUGAACACUACGUAUAUGAGCUUCCAGAUUCACAUCCUCUCCUUAGAGAAUUACCGAGGCGUGAAGCGGAUGAUCCAUGCCCCUAUCUUCUUCUUAUACGGACUGAAGAGGAAGCCGCAGAUUCAUCCAAGUUGCUCAAUGGCGCAUGCGAUUCUUGUAAUGAACAAACUUGUCAAGAAGAGAGUUGUGCUACAAUCAAAGGAACUCUUCUGAUACCUUGUCGAACAUCGCUGGGUGCAAGAUUUCCGCUAAAUGGAACAUACUUUCAAGUAAAUGAGGUUUUCGCCGACCAUGAAUCGAGUCAUAAUCCAAUCGAGGUUCCGAGAAGGUGGAUAUGGAACUUAAGGAGGAGAAUUGUGUACUUUGGAACUUCAGCAUCCUCAAUUUUCAAAGGAUUAACCAUGGAGAAGAUUCAGUCUUGCUUUCGCAACGGAUUUAUUUGUAUUAGAGGAAUUGAUCGGAAAACGGGAGCUCCCAGACCCCUAAUACCAAGAUUUCAUCGACUAGCGCAUAAGGCACCUAAGUCGAAGAAGUCGACUUAGAUAAAUCUACUGCUUUGUACAUAUGUUGGUUUUGUACCUUCUUUAAUGUUGGAGACGGUGAUUAACUAAAUUGAAAUCUCUCAUUGUAAAGUUUCAGUCUGAUAAGAUGUAUCCAAAUGGCAUGAAAUUGUGCCAAACUUCAUUCUUUAUCUCCAUAUUCGACAA